AUACAUACAAACACACACACACACACACACACGCACACGUAUGUAUUAUGUGCCGCGAUCGCGAGUAGUCGAAAUAAAGGCCACAAAAAUCAAGUCGAAUCCGAAUCCGAAUCCGAGUGCCCCAAACGCCCCAACUUUGGAUUAAGCAUUAAUUGGAUAUAUAUACAUAUAUAUAUUCCGACUCAGAUCGCACGGAUUAUAUAUUCAUAUUGGAUUUUAACGGAUUGCUUUUGAAAAUCAACAAAGCAAUCGCCGCUGUGCUUGGCAAAUUGUCGGAGCAGCACGUGCGCUAGGAUGAAGGCAAAUCGCAACGAUUUCGGGCACAGCAACUACCGAGGGAACUAUUGAGGGGAGAAAUCAUUGGAAGCCGUGCAGCAGCAGCCGUAGCCGCAGACGUAGCCGUAGACGUAGACGUAGCCCGAGUGCAGUGCAGUCUGCAAGGCUGGUGUUUGGAAUUGGCUUUUGAAGCACUUCAUGGAUCGCAGAAAUGGCGGCGAUCCCUUGGCGCCACCCCGGCCCCCAAAGCUGCUACCGCGCGUGCAUCGACCAAGGGCGCCGGAGCCAACAGCGUUAGGUGGCGACAACAGCAGCAGCAGCAGCAGCAGCAACAACAAUCCGAGUAUUAGCACAAACACUGCAACACUUGCAACAACAGCAACAACAACCAGCAACAACAACAACAACAACAACAACACGAUAUCUAUAAUACCGACAACGGCGGACUUCGACGACUAUCAGAUACAUCAUCUGACGUUUCUGCCGCAGCGCCCGAGCAGCCUCAGCCGGAACAGCAGCAACGCCUCCUCCUCGACGGCCACGGCGAACAGCAGCGCUGGUUCCACCUCCAGCUUUACGCGUCGCCGUCCGCCCCCGCCGCUGCUGACGCCCGUCGGUAGCAGCAGCAACAGCAGCAGCAACAGCAACAACAACUUCCUUAGUCAUUUCCAAAGCGCUGAGCCUGUGUCGGGACUGUUGUCAACGGGUCAGCCGCCCGCCUCCCCCGUCACGCUGGCGCAACCGCGACCCGAAUCCGAGAGGCUCACCAAUGAGUAUGUGGACACGCCGCUGCAGCAUGCGACGCGCAGCCAGCAUCCGGCCGGGCAGCAGGACAAUGGCCAGACAACGACGCAUCAUCUGCUGCUGCUGCCCCAGCGGCAGCAUCAACAGCUGCAUCAUCAGGCGCCCGGCGGAGCGAUCCACGCACAACAUGCCCAUCAUCACAUCAAUCGACUGGCGACGGUGGCCACCUCAACGUCAGCGUCGGCGUCAGCAGCAGCAGCGACAGCGACAGCGACGGGCAUCGAUGGCACCGACGGCUUAUUACAUUCGCAUAUGCACCACACUCCCGCGCAGCAUCAUCCACAGCAGCAGCAUCAUCAUCCCCAGCAGCAGCAGCAGCAGUUAAAUGGCCACACCAAAGCAACACCCGCCUCCAAGUUUGGACCGCCGCCGCCGGCGCCACGCGGCGUCCUGGGUCUGGGCUUCGCGGCGGCAGCCGCAGCGCAGCCUUUGACGCAGCCGAUCACCAAGCAGCCCGCCUCUGGCAAGGAACACAUGCACGCGCUGGAGGAGCUGCUCCAGCAGCAGCAGCAGCAGCAGCAUCAUCAUCAGCAGCCGGGCGGCGGCGGCCAGCUGGGCGCGCCCAUUGUGAUGGGCGGAGAUCCGUCGCUGCUGAAUCCGAUUGUCUGUCCAAGGUGUGGCAUGUGCCGCUGCGAGCAGUGCCAGAGCCCGCGCCCGCUGCCCCAGACCUGGGUAUGCAACAAGACGUGCCUGUGCAGCGCCGAGUCCAUCAUCGACUACGCCUCGUGCCUGUGCUGCGCCAAGGCUCUGUUCUACCAUUGCGCCCGGGACAAUGACAUGGACUGCGACGAUGGCACUGGGACACCCUGCGUCGAUAAUCCCUGCUCCUGCGGCCCCUACAAGCGCACCCAGCGCUGGGGCUGGCUGGGCGCCCUCUCCAUUGUGCUGCCCUGCCUUUGGUGCUACUGGCCCAUGCGCGGCUGCAUCAAGCUCUGCGAGAAGUGCUACGCACGGUUCGCGGGUCGCGGCUGCCGCUGCCAGGGCAACAGUGGCAACAGCUGCGGCUCCGGCGCCGGCGGCAUCGGCUCCACCAGCAGCAUGAUGCCCAUUGUGCCGCUCGGCGGCGGCAGCAGCAACCCCAACGGCAACGGCGUCGGCAUCCUGAAUGGAUCGCAAAAUGGUGGACUUCAGGCGAAUGGCAAGGGAUUCGAGCAUGGCUGCAGCGCGGCUAGCCGGAUAUUGCGCAAGGGCGAUCUGACGCCGGAGAAGCGGCUGCUCGACUCCAGUCCGGACUACUAAGCAUGGCCGCGUUUUGUGCGCGUUUUUUGCCGCGCGUAAAAAACGCGACACACGACGUAAGCUUAAACAAGGGCGGGACGGAGAGCGGGGAGCGGGGAGCAUCGAAAUUUAUAUAUAUACAUACGCCUAUAUAUACAAAUAUUAAAUGUAUG